GUAGUAGAAUAGUAAUGCACAGUUCCGCUCAUUUGCAAUGCUCAAUAUUUUAUAAGGUGUGCAGCUAAUACUGUGGAUACACUACUUUAUCAACAGGGGUUGAUUGUACAAUUUCUAUGAUAAUACUCUACUGCUAGAACAUUUUGAAUGCCUUUGUAUAUAUCCAGUACGUCACUGAAUUAGUGUCAUGAUUUGCUUAUGGUAAUGGGAGAUAUAUAAUAAUUAAGAUGGUGGGAAUGAAGAAAGUUCGCACAGUUGUAGUUGCUUUAUUGGUAGCAUUUGUGAUUUUAUUGCGGCAGAUUUUAUUGCAAAGAUCAUUAGAAGAUGCAACAAAGGAGGAAAAAGCUCAGGUUACUAGUAGUUUGCAUGACUUGACAGUUAUUAUUAGGGAAUUUGAAAACUUUGAUAACGAUGUGAGUGAAACUGUUGAAUCAGUCUUGAAUGCUUGUAGUCACAGGUGCAAAAUAAUAGUUGUUAGUGAUGACCUCGUGUAUCCCCCCUUGCACUUGCCAAGACUAGUAUUGCCGAUGGUUUUGUCAUCGGGCUUAUUCAAUCACCACCCUAAUAUUCAUGAUUACUUGAAGAGAUCAAAAUACGUUUUAUUGCUCCCAGAUGGUGCUCGAUGCUCAUCAUCUACACAGCUUUUAGAUCUGAUAAAUCUCCUAGAAACUGGGGAUUGGCAAGUUGUAGCUGUGGGUGUUGGGGGCACACCACUCACUUGCUAUCGCUAUACCCUGGACAUCCAAGCCUGGACACUUUCAAUUGCUCCUGCUCCACAGAGUGAAGCAUGUGAUGCAAUUACAGGUCGUGCUGCUUUGUUAAUGAAAACCACAAGUCUCUUGCAGUUAACACAUCCCCUUUCAAGACCUGUAGCACUUAGCAUUGGCAUACAGGGGGCAGCAAGGUCAUGGAAAGUGCAUGUUAGUCGGGGUGGGUUACUAGGAGAGGGUCGGCAGUUGUACGCUACUGAACAUUUUCAGUGGAAACGCGAUUCUGUUGAGGAGGAACGUAAACGUACUCUUUAUGCAGAUCUAGGUAUUAAGAAGGUUGUUAGCUCUGGUGGAAAUGUUCUUUGGUACGGAUGUACACGCACAACAGCACGUUGUUUUCCUACUGUUGUAGAUGACACCCCUGAGUAUUUGUAUCAUGGACGGUGGACACCCCCUUGCUGCCUGGAAGGGCUGAGAGCCACUGCCAGACACGUUUUUCAGACAUUGAGAACUUGCAGGGCUCGAUGGUGGUUAGAAGGAGGAUCAUUACUGGGAGCUGUAAGAAGCGGAGACAUUAUUCCUUGGGAUUACGAUGUUGACAUAGGGAUUUAUUCCCAGGAUGUUGAUCGAUGUCCACAACUAAAGGCUGCCCGCUGGCAAACUUUAGAAGAUGAAGAUGGAUUUGUAUGGCAGCGAGCAACAGAGGGAGGAUUUUUUAGGGUACAUUACAGUACUGCUAAUCAUCUCCAUGUUGAUGUAUUUCCAUUCACCCCUAAAAGAGGAGUGAUGACAAGAGGAGGAGCUUGGACUACUAACCAUCGCCAAGAUGUUGAUUUCCCUGAACAUUUCCUACGCCCUCUUGCUUCAGUAAACUUUGCCGGUGUCUUGGCCUCUGCGCCAAAUAAUGUCAGAGACUUUUUGGAGCUAAAGUUUGGUUCAGGAGUAAUAGAGUCGCCACAGUAUCCCAAUCCAGAGGUUCUUUUGCCCUACAAUAUAUCUUUAUUGCCACAAGGAUGAGAGAAUGCUUGUCUCAGUUUUUAUAAUUGUAGUUCUCUUCAUCUUGUAGUAGUUGCCAGUUACAAAUACAUAUUGAUGUUGUAUUGUUGGUUAUCUCUGUCUGAUUGAUGUGCUAAUUCUUGUUACUGUAUUGUGCAGUCUUCCAGUUUUGUUGUUCUAUAUUGUAAGUUAUAUAUUAGCUUCCAUGUAAUCAAAAAUGUCCUAUACUAAUGAAAUUGAAUUUGAGUAUUAAUCAUGAAGCUGAUUUUAUUGGUUACUCUAGUUUGUUUUUCGUUAUAUCCAUAACUUUGUUAUUGAUACUUGUUAACUAUGUUUUGUAACAUUAAAAUUUUUGCAUUUAUAUAAAUAAGUGAAAUGGAAACAAGGUAAAUAACCUUAACAGUAAACUUAUCUAGUCUUUUUUUAUUGCCAUGUUUAGACCUUUAAAUGAUAAAACAAUGAGUAAAUGUAUGUGAGCAUUGUGAUGUUGAAGCAUAUCAAAACUGCUGCUCUGGUAGCAACCAUGAAACAGAAAAUUUCAGUUUAACAUCCCAAAAGUUUGUUGUUUUGUGAUUUAGGUCAUCAAAAAGCAUAAAUCAGGAAGUUCAACAUUGAACAUUUCAACUGACUACGUAAAUUUACAGCUUCAAUAGAAUACAGUUCUUUAUUUUUUAUGAUAUUUUGAAUAGGAAUAGCACUAAGGAUAAAGAAGACUACUAUUGUACUGCAAACUCAUUUUGUGUAGUUUUGCCACAUACUCAUUGAAAUAUAAUACUUAAAUAAUA